AGGGAAAGCAGCCAGCGCGUCAGGUCAGUCCACCACCACCUCUGCCACCGGCUCUGCUCUAUUUAAGCUAGGCCGCCGGCCCUCGGUUCGCGAGUCUUCUGCAGAGCAUCAUCCAUCCCAUCCCCAGGUCAUAAACCCAAGUCGGACUCGCCUUCCUCCUCCCCAACUACUCCUCUCCUCUCCUCCGCGCAUCGCACCGGGGUCACCUGAGAUCACACACACAAUGGUGAAGGCUGUGGCUGUGCUUACCGGCAGUGAGGGUGUCAAGGGCACCAUCUUCUUCACCCAGGAGGGAGAGGGCCCGACCACCGUGACGGGAAGUGUCACCGGACUCAAGGAAGGGCUCCACGGCUUCCAUGUGCACGCUCUUGGCGACACCACCAAUGGCUGCAUGUCAACUGGACCACACUUCAACCCUGCUGGUCAUGUGCAUGGGGCACCCGAAGAUGAAAUCCGCCAUGCUGGUGAUCUUGGAAAUGUGACAGCUGGAGUGGAUGGUGUUGCUAGCAUCAAUAUUACUGACUGCCAUGUAAGCAAUAUUUGUUCUCUCUACAAACAUAUUACAUUGACCUUUUUUCUUGAUAUUGUGUUUCAGCACAGUUCAUUUGACACUGAUCACACUUUUGAAUGGCAGAUCCCCCUUACUGGACCAAAUUCAAUUGUUGGCCGUGCUGUUGUCGUCCAUGGUGACGCUGAUGAUCUUGGCAAGGGUGGACAUGAGCUGAGCAAGAGCACUGGAAACGCUGGUGCACGUGUUGCUUGCGGAAUCAUCGGGCUCCAGGGCUAAGAUGUCAUCUUCGCCGACCAACGUCGUACAGAUAUGGGAACCUUUUCAGAAUGCAGAUUUGCAAUCUCUAUUCUAAAUAAGCACAUGAUCUUUGAUCACUUGUUAGUGUGCACCAGUCGUGUCAAUUCCUAUGUGUUACUCUGAACUUUAUCGCUGUCAUUUGGCUAUCGAGAUGUGUGACUGGAACAGUUCUGUCAAUUGCUUGUGGAUCUGUUGUUCGCUACUAGCUCUGGACGUGUUUACAGAAAACGAGAGAGGUAUCCAUGUGUUCUGGUGGUUCUUUUUUGUCA